AUGCACCAUUCUAUGGUCUUCGUGGUCGGCCUGCUCGCCGCGGUCAAUGCCUCGGUCGUCAAGAAACGAACCGUCUGCGAGCAGGACAACUGCCUCCGAGCGCUGCUGAACCCGACUCGCCCUGUGGCCUCCUUCUGUUCGGCCUUCCUGUCCACCUCAACACAUCCGCUGCCGACCUUCGUCACCCCGUGUUCCUCCAGUCUGCCGAGGAUUAGCAGCGCCUGUGACUGUGCUCUUGGACGGACUUCCAGUCCUCAGCCCACCACCGCCCCAAGCACCACCCUGACUUGCACAGCUGAAACAACGACCCUCACUAUUCCAGGAGCUGGGGAAAUAACAACGGUGACGGUACCAACGACGGUGACGCUUCCGGGCGAGGACCAAGUCACCACCGUCACUGUGCCAGGAGCUGGGGAAAUAACAACGGUGACGGUACCAACGACGGUGACGCUUCCGGGCGAGGACCAAGUCACCACCGUCACUGUGCCAGGAGCUGGGGAAAUAACAACGGUGACGGUGCCAACGACGGUAACACUUCCGGGCGAGAACCAAGUCACCACCAUCACGAUUGACGGGAAAUUAACAACGGUAACGGUGCCAACGACGGUGACACUUCCGGGCGACGACCAACUUACCACCGUCACAAUCCCCACAACCGUAACCCUUCCUCUCGAUGCAGAAACCGUAACCCUCCCCGCGCAAACAGUCACACUCCCAGGAACAACCGUGACAGUGCCCGCACAACCCUGCCCCACCCCCGAAGAGACCGGGAUCCCCAAAUCCGUGCCGCCCUACACCUACCUGCAAUGCACCAACAACGGCGGCGCUCAGCGUGCCCUCAAUGGCCCCGAGAGCACAUCCAACAACCAAACUCCCGCCGCCUGCGCGAGCACGUGCGCCGGGUUCACGUACUUUGGCGUGACGCAGGGAAACCAAUGUGUUUGUGGCAACGAGCUGAAUCCGCGGAGCAAUAACCCGAAUGACAACGCGUGCAAUCUGCCGUGUACGGGGAAUAACAAGCAGCUCUGUGGGGGAAAUGCGCAUAUCCAGGUCUACCAGAAGUGA